AUGUCUGUUUUGAGAAGAUGCUUUGUCACGUCUAGACGGGUCCUCAACGUCGCUGAUUCCCCAGCAGCGAAGACACUUGCAAGCGUUUUGGAACAUCGGUGCUUCAACCCUCUACGUCAUCAACUACCAUCAAACAUCGAAAUCAAAAAUGCCUAUGAACUUUCAGACUCCAUAACAAAAAUCAUAAAUACAGUGUCUGAUGAGGAAGCCUCAGCGAUUCACAAUAAGCUAAUUGAGGAAUUGAGUCGAUUCGAAUACGGGAUCAGCCAGAUCCAUGCAAAGAAGCUUCUCGAAAUGGGGAAACCUUUGAGCAACAAAUCCGUGCUCGAGAUCGUUAGAAAUAACCCUGGAAGGGUCUCUACUUCAUGGGAGUUACUUCUAAAAUAUGGUGCGGCGCUAUCUUCGGUGCCAGAUGAACUGUUAGUCUCUGCUCUGGAUAACAUACUUAACUCUAUUAACGGUAAAGAGAAAGAAGAAAGAGUACACAACCUCUCCAGCAUAGCUCAAAUUAUUACUUUACUGAAUAAUAUAGAAGAUAAAAAGUGUGUGGGUCGCGAGUCAGUUGAGAAGCUUGUGGCUGUUAUGCUCGAAGCGGAUGCAACGUGUGCUCUUCCCUUGGUAUUGCAACAGGAUGAUUUCCCGCUUGAACCAUUCCAGCAACAUAUCGAUGUCCUUACUUAUUAUCAAACAUACGUGUUAAGUCAAUUUUGCCCUUUCGAGUAUUUGAAGAAAGAUGAGAGGCUUCUUUACCACACUGUCGAAGUCCUGGGUCAGGAAAAAGCUAUAUCACUGACGGAACAAGAACAGGAAGUGGCAGAUGAACUUAGUACACAUUUGGCAAAUAUUGCCAAUGAGAUCCCUAGCUACUGGACAAUUAAGACUAUCACAUCAGAAGCCUCUGAAACCGCUACAGAAUUUCUGAAGCUGUUCGAGUGUAUACAAGCAGAUGCCCUUGAUCAAAAAAAUUUUGAGCUGGCUAAGAAACUUCUGAGAAUAUUCGGCACAUUCAGAGAUAAUACGAAAAUCUCUCUGGAGCUUUAUCACUCUUAUUUGCUAAGCUACCCAAAGAAUGCUACAGAUUUGAUGUUUGAAACCUUCUUGGCACUUGCUUACCAAGGCUUCAGGACUUCUAACAAAACAUUGCUCAAGUACGCUGAAGUUUUCAUCCCGCAAGAUAUAGGCCAGACCAUGUUGGCCAAAGUCUUCAGAGCCUUGAUUCUAGUCAAUAGCAGAUUCGAUAUUGACAAGAGCUUGAAUAUCUACAAUGAUAACAUCGAAUCUCUGAGUAAAGAGAAUGAUCAUGGCACCAAUCUAUCGCCCAGCGCACUUGUCACUGAGGCCCUCAUUUUGGCUUACCUGUCACGAAAUGAGCUUGACUUUGCUCGAGUAAUAUUUGAUGGCUGCGCUAGAGAGAAGACCAUAUCAGGUCUCACGGCCAUCAAGAGGAUUAAGAGCUAUUUCGCACUCUAUGGCGAAGCAGUUGAAAAUGGUAGGGUUGAAGAGACUAUGACUCAUGAAAUAUUGAAGCUUCUUAGAAAUCUGUAG